AUGGAAGUAGGAAAUAAAAAUAAUGUAAAGAAUGUUGAGUCUAAUGAAAUUGAAAAAAAUAAUGAGGAAAAUAGUAAGGUAAAUAUGGAAGGAUUUAAAUUUUUUGCCAAUAUUUGUGAAGAAAAAUUAAAAAUUUUUUUGGAGAAUUUCUUUUGUAAUAAAAAUCUUAAAGAAUUAAGUUAUGUAGAAGAUAAAGAUAUUAUAAUGAAAAAUGAUAUCAAUAAUGAAGAUAAUAAUUCUUCAAAUGAAAAUCAAAACAAUUAUUAUGAAAAAAAUAAUAUUAUUAAAAGUAAUUAUGAUAAAAUGGUUAUAACUUUAGUUGAUGAGAUCGAACAAUUUAUGAAAUCUUAUGUAAAUGAAAGAUACAAAGUUAUUGUUCAAGGUGUUAUAGGAGAGAAUGAAAGGCAAGGAAUACACAUUGCAUCCAAAUCACUAUGGAAUGUUGAAACCGAUAAUUACGUUUCUGCAAAAUAUGUAAAUGACUCUAUUUUUGUUACUGUUAUGGUUUUUCUUUUAUAUAAUGAAUAA